UCGCAGGUGUCAUGUAUGUCGAGGCCCAGUGCAAGGUCGAUAUACAUGCGAAGGAAGGAGUACGCCGCCUCCAUGACCAAGACCAUAAAGUAUUUCCAUUACAGAGUGGAGCAUCUCCUCACAUGCGACCUGGAUGGCAAGGAGCUGCGAGGUCUCACAGACUGUGUGGACAGGCUCAAUCUGCUCGACAAGAUGGGCCGAGUAUGGGGCCAGAACAUGCUGCUGGAGGUCAAAGAGCCUGACCUGCUGCUCACCGACAUAGAGACCAAGGAGGUGCUGGAGUCUAUUCAUCUAGGUGACAUCGUGGAGCUGAAGGCUGUGUUGGACACAUCUGCUUCAAACUCACUCCUGGCAGUGACAGUCAAAGCAAACAAGAAACACAUGACAAGUGUCUUCCUGUUCCACUGCGAAGAUGUCAGGGCUGAUUACGUCCAAAGGGGUAUUUCAAAAGCGCGUUUAAGUGCAUUACAUGAAGAACCUGAAACCCAAAGUAAAAUUGAACCCAAAGAGCAAACUCCCGAGUGGGCCCCUCCUGAUUACAAUGAGGACACUCACCUGGUUAUAGCUCGGAAGGAUGUUGAUGACCAGGAAGAGGAGCUCAAGGACGAGGAGGAGCUGAAGGAAGAGGAGGAGGAGAUGGCCUCCAUCAUAGUUGAACCUUUGCGACCUCCAAGACCUUACAGAGAGUUGGACAGAAAUGUGGACAUCUUGAAUCACAUCAUCAGUGACAUUGAGAUCUUCAUGGGAAAGGUGGCUGCCUUUGCGGUGAAAAAUGCGAAGAAAAAUAAGAAAAAGAAAAAAGGAAAAGCCAUGUCCGGCAUGCCCCCAACAGAAGAGUUCGUUGAGUGUCUCCAGAAGAUUAAAUAUGGGUUCAACCUUCUAGUGGAGCUGAAGGAAAAGAUUGAUAACCCCAGUGUGUCUGAAUUUGUGCACUCCUUCUUCUCUGCAUUAGCAUUUAUUGUAAGUCAUUGCUCUGAGGGCGUUCCCUCGAGCGUCGUGGCGCCUUUGCUGACACCUCAGUGUAUCUGCCUCAUGAGUGAGGAGGCGACCGCAGAGGAGGACCAGCUGUGGCAGUCUUUGGGAGAUGCGUGGAAUAUCCCAAGCACCAAAUGGCCUGAGGAUGACGAAGACAUCCCAACAUACACGCUGGAGUUCUUUGAUGGCUGGCAGCCUCCCGAGCUGAUGGAGGCCCCUGUAGCUGCCAGUAUGACCCCAAUGAAGCCACAGCAGGUUCCACAGCAGCCUCCCGAGCUUAUGGAGGCCCCUGCAACUUCCAGUGUGAUCCCAAUGAAGCCGCAACAGGUUCCACGACCCCCGUCCAGUCAGACGAGCACAGAGGAGACAGCGUCACCUCCUGCACCAGUACAACAGUUUGCGAGGAUACCAGCGAGGCUGCCAGAGAAGAAGCUGCGUCGCAUGCGAGUCACGCACGACUUCAUCUCCCGGAAUAACAGAGAGCUGACCAUCAGGAAAGGCGAAGUCGUGGAGCUGCUGGACGUUUCCAAGCUGUGGUGGAAAGUGAGGAACAGUGAAGGAGAAGAAGGAUUCGUCCCCAACAACGUCCUCACGGAAAAUGAAAACAAAGCUGACGACGUGCCCAUUGAAAGCAUUCCUGUCUUAAGCAAGAAGUCCAAACCACCCGAGGUGAAAGCCUGGCUUGAGCACAUGGGCUUCACCAAGAUCACGGUGCGCUGUCUGGGCGUGCUGAGCGGCUCCAUGCUACUGAGCAUGACCCGAGAGGAACUGAAGACGGUGUGUCCGGAAGAAGGCGGGAGGGUCUUCUUUCAAUUACAAACAGUCCGCUCCGCCUCCUUGACUUAGGCAGCAAACUGAAUUGGAGAGUUGUCAUGGACGAAAACAUCACCAGAUCGCGGUCUACCUUCAGCUCACAGCAGAGAAACCUCUAUCAUUUUCACAUUGGCACUUUUGACAUAUGUCACUGCACACGUAACACAACACUGGGCAUUUUACUUUUUAAAUGACUUUGUUUACAAUGAUGAUGCUAUCCUAUGAAUGACAGUGUCAGUAAGCUGUCAAUUUAAUUCUGUAAUUUUAUUACUUUGCAGUGUUCUACUACAGUACACUGUAGGACCAUAGUCCUCUAAUACUGCAAUAAGAGCAAAAUAUUACCUUAAGAGUAUGAAAGUAUUCAACCUCCAACUCCAUUAAUGGAAACAUCUUACGGGUAUAAAUUGAGUUUAAAAUUCCAAUUUACAUUGGAUACCUAU